AUGACCUUCCCCGUCCUCACGACUAACGCGGUCGACCUGCAGCAGCUUCUCGAAGAGAACAAGACCACGAGCGCUCAAAUUGUGGAAGAGUACUUGGCACAAAUCGAUCGCUAUGAGCCUGCACUUAAUGCUCUGAUCUCGCCUGCCCCACGGGACAAGGUCCUCGAAAUUGCCAAGGCUCGGGAUGAGGAGCGCGAGAAAGGGCAAAUCCGGGGCCCAUUUCAUGGAAUCCCUAUAGUUUUGAAGGACAGCUUUGUCACAGCAUCAGAGCUGGGCAUGAGCACCACAGCUGGAUCAUAUGCGUUCGUCGGAGCCAAGGCGUCAAAGAACGGAGUUAUCACUCAGCGGCUGAUUGACGCUGGCUUGAUUAUCUUGGGAAAGGCUAACAUGACUGCUCCUGGGGGCUCGUCCACUGGCUCCGCGGUCGCUGUAGCCGCUGGGUUUAGCCCUCUUGCCAUGGCCACUGAGACCAUAGGUUCCAUCGUGACUCCGUCAACACGCACCGGUCUGUAUGCGCUCAAGCCUACUACCGGUGUCCAGGAUACGACUGGGUUAUACACCAUGACGGAGUUUUUCGACAGCCCGGGCCCUAUGGCAAAGUCAGCAGCUGAUGUUCGCGUUCUUUCUGAAAUUCUACUUGGUCGCCUGUUUAACUCCCCCCAAUUGGGUUCUUGGGAAGGUCUUUCGGUGGGCUUCCUGGACCCAAAAAUUUGGAGUAUGUCACCGGACUUUUGUACGCAAUUUGAAGGUACAGCAGAGCAAAUGGUAGACGAGUACGAAGAGAUGGUUUCCGCUCUACGAAGCGGAGGCUGUUCUCUUAAAUACCCAAUCCGUUGCAAGGAUCCGUCAGUCUUACCGACUACUAUAUUGCCAAUCGCAUACUGGGACUUUAGGAAUGUCUGCAUCCCUAGAUUUAUUCACUCGUUUCACGAGUGCUCUGUAACAAGCGUCGCAGAUAUUGUCAAGUUCAAUAAAGAACACAGCGAAAAAGCCCUUCCAGCUCGUAGGUGGACAGAGAGGACACGAUCCUACGAUCUCGCAGUGAAGAGUUACUAA